ACAAUACGUGAAAAUGAACACAUGUAUUUUAAUAUUUUACCUUUUACAUUUAGUUUCAUCUGAUGUACCGAAAAGUAAAGUUUCAUCUGAUGUAUUGAGAAGAAAAGUUUCAGGUUUGAAAAUAUCCGGUGCCAUAGGAGUUUCGAAGAAGUAUUAUAUAAAGGGACUCCCAGAUCACAUCACACCCACUAUAAUAGUGGCAGAGCUCUCAAAUAUAUUAUGUAAAGGCUGUUCCGUAAUUACUGACAAGGCAAAACAGCUGGAAUGUAAAAAGAAACAUUGUCUGCAACAAACUUCGCCAUCUAAACUGUCAACUGCUGACAAAACGUUGAUAGAUCAACAAAUAAAGAAAUACAUAAUUGAGAAUAAAGGGGAUCCGAAAGUACCACCAUCAAUCGUGCCUAUACUAACAGAUGUGUUGUGUAAAACGUGUUAUGAAAUGAAGGAUGGGAACAAACGAAAAGAUUGUAUUAAGAAAUUUUGUGUGAAGACAUUGGCGCUGAGUGGACCAACUCCACUUAUGACAAAACAAGGUUUAAAUAUUCCAGGUGCAAGAGUUUUAACCACUAAAAAUAUCAAGGAUUUCCAUAUAUACUUCCCAGGCAUAGUUGUUGUGGCAGAACUUACAAAUAUUUUGUGUCAAACAUGUUCAAAAUUAUCGGACGCUAAGAAAAAAUUUAAAUGUGAGGAGAAAUUCUGCCUGCAAAAGUCUCUACCGACUGGACUACCAAGUGCCGACAAAGCUAAAAUUGAUGCAAAUGUUAAGAAAUACCUCAUGGACAGAAAGGUUGAUUUAGAUAAUGCGGGUCAAGUCAUUCCUAUACUGACAGAUGCAUUGUGUAAGGUAUGCACAGAGUUACCGGAACCGAAAAAACGAAAAGAAUGUGUUAACAAACACUGUUUGAGAACCUCAAAACUUAGUGUUCAGACACAAAAAUUGCAAAAGGUAGACAAACCUGCUUCUCAUACAGAUAGUUUAAAGUCGACACACAAUGAGAUCUGAUUGAGACCAUAGAUGCCAUAGGUUUGACAUUGACUACAUAAGGAUUAGUGUAAAGCCAUAAAACAGAGUGAAAUUAUGUA